UCCUCCCCCCAUUCCACCCUCGUCCCCGAACCCACAGACCGCCGCCGCCGCCGCCGGAAAGCUCAAGCGCCAGCCAGCCAGCCAGCAGCAGCAGCCAUGGCGCUCGGAUCUCUCCUCGGUGCGUCCAGGUCCAGCCGCGCCCUCGCCGCAGCCACCAUCACUCAGGCUUCCAGGGCGUACCAGCACGCCGCCGCCAUGUCUCCUCUGCUCUCCAGGCUUGGACCUGUCGCUCGUGCCUUCAGCUCAAGGCCUGGAGCAGCAGAUGUCGUUGAUUCAGGUUCAGGUGUCUCCUUCAUGGAAGUGCAGACACCACGGCGGGUGGGUAACAAGGCCAAGGGCGCGAAAAGCGGAAAAGCCAUGAUGUUCCCGCUCCAUUUUCAUUACGAAGAUGUACUGCGUCAGGAUCUGCUGCUCAAACUGAAUCACACUAAUAUUAUGGAAGUCCCUGGAUUGUUUGAGAUCAGAUUGGUACCAAAAUCUACCUCUGAUGUCAAAAUCCAAUUUGGGAAACUGGCCAUGGAGAUCCUGUGCGGUCAGAGAUGCAUACAGGCAGAGUUGCCACCCCAUCUGAAAGCAGGAAAAUCACGGUCCAAUGCUUUUCUGGGGUCCCAGAAAGACGCUACAUCCCUAAGACAAAGCAUCAUCCGAGGGCAUGGAAUGUACAAUUUUCUGGUCAGGGUCUUGACAGUAAUGUCUAUGUUGGAUUCUCAGGUAUCAAUAGAACAGGGAAACUGCAUCAAGUUCUUCAUGGCAACGGAGUUUUGUGAGUUCUCCCCAGAAAUAGAAGAUCAUUUCGAGAUCUUUGAGAAUAUUGGAGGGUUCAAUGUGACUAUUGUCACGUCAGCAAGUUCAAAAGAGGAGACUUCGCUACUGUGGAGCGGCUUUUUGCUUAAAGAUGAAGGGGAUAUUAACUAAGAUGCUGGAGAUGAAGCAAUGAGAUCACCAGCGUCGCGGCUAAAUAUGAACUGAGACAAAAGUUUUAUCGUUUUUGUGAUCUGAUCUUUUCCCAGGACAAGCAUUACAACAUGCCAAGAAGAAAACAGAAGUUUGGGGCUGUAGUCGGAGGCUAGUCGGCUUUACUUUUGCUGCACUAGUGGUCAGUUAGCUGUGAAGUUCUCAAGUAUGCUAUGAUUCUGGAUAUCAACUGGUUCUUACCUGAAGCUAGCUAAUAUUUGUCUUGUGUUUGAAGUUUAGAUCAUUCAUAAUGAUAACUAGAUUCCCUGAGAAGAUGUAUUCCUCUUGUUGUUUUUCUUGUGGAUGAGCAUACGGUUGUAAGUUACUCAAAGUGAAUUAAUUCAGGAGAGCAAAGCACCAGACCUGGUAUUUAGUUUUUACUUUA